ACGCACGGUGCGCCCAUCAUUGAGGCCAUAUCGAGUGUGGGCCAUCCCGCCGUAAUAUUUUACAACCACAGACCAUCGCUUUUCACGUGUUUGCUUCUCCUUCCUCGUUUCCAAACCAUCCCCGCAGCCUCGAUUCUGGCCUCGCUAUGCCCACCAAACCAAGGAUUUCUAAUGGCUUGAUACACUAGGUCACACGCUUCAACCCUACGCCGCUCCCCAUUGGAUCAGGAGUAGCUAGCUACCUCUGUAAUUUGCGAAAUCAGAUUCGUAUCAAGCCACUUUUGGAAGGAAAGCGGAGUUAUCUCAUUAAUGGACAAGGAAGAAGUGUUUGAGUUUCUUGGAUGCGUUCCACUACUACAGAAGCUUCCUAGCUCGUCCCUGAGGAAGAUAUCUGAGCUUGUAGUUGUCAAACACUUUGAGCCGCGGGAGUAUGUUGUUCGUGAGGGUGAAUCUGGGGCUGGAAUCUACUUCGUAUGGGAAGGAGAGGCUGAGGUUGUUGGGUCUGUUACUUCAAAUGAUGAGAAUCGUCCAGAGUUCCAACUCAAAAGAUUUGACUAUUUUGGUUAUGGUUUGUCAGAGGCAGUUCACCAUGCAGAUGUCAUUGCUUUGUCUAAGCUAACAUGUUUAGUACUGCCACAUGAACACUCAGCUCUGCUACAGCCAAAAUCGAUCUGGAGUGCUGAAAAUUCUCUAGAGAUUUGCUCACCUGUGGAACAAAUAUUGCAUUUAGAGCCCAUAGAGGUAGAUCUUUUCCGAGGAAUCACCCCCCCUGAUGCUCCCAAAUUUGGGAAAGUGUUUGGGGGUCAGAUGAUUGGCCAGGCACUGGCAGCAGCAUCGAAAUCUGUUGACUUUCUUAAGGUUGUUCAUAGUUUGCAUGCCUAUUUCCUUCUUGUGGGGGAUUUUAACAUGCCAAUUAUAUAUCAAGUUUAUCGUCUACGUGAUGGUAAAAGUUUUGCUACACGAAGAGUGGAUGCAAUUCAAAAGGGAAAUGUUAUAUUCUCUUUGCUGGCUUCAUUUCAAAAAGAGGAAACAGGGUUUGAUCACCAGGAAGUGACUAUGCCAUCUGUCCCUCAUCCUGAUAUGCUUCUGUCAAUGGAAGAGCUCCGAGAGAGACGUCUUACUGAUCCUCGUCUUCCAAGAACGUACCGGAACAAGGUGGCUAUUUCUGAAUUUAUUCCCUGGCCCAUAGAGAUACGGUUUUGUGAACCUAACAAUUCUACAAGCCAGACCAAAUCUCCUCCUAGAUUGCGAUACUGGCUUAGGGCCAAAGGAAAACUUUCAGAUGAUCAGGCUCUGCAUCGGUGUGUGGUGGCAUAUGCUUCAGAUCUAUUAUUUCUUCAAGUAAGCUUGAAUCCUCAUCGGCAGAAGGAUUUGAAGACUCGUUGUGUGAGUCUGGACCACACAAUGUGGUUCCACCGCCCUGUAAGAGCUGAUGACUGGGUGCUAUUUGUGAUCCAAAGCCCUACUGCCUAUAAUGCACGUGGCUCUGUCUCUGGCCAAAUGUUCAAUCAGAAUGGAGAGCUUCUUGUAUCCUUGGUUCAAGAAGGUCUAAUCAGGAAUACUAAUUUGGGGGCUUCAUCCACAAAAUCCAAGUUGUGAUCUGCUCGAAACCAACAAGAGCUUUAUGAUAUAUAUAUUUUUUUCCUUGGUUUUUUUUUAGGGGUAGAGAUACUGCAUCUGUCCUUUUAUGCAGAUUACGUGGAAGUUUGAUUAGAAAUUAGAGGGUAAAUUAUAUUGGAACCAGAACAAGGCAUUGUUAGGCUAAAAAUGAUCCAACUAUGUAGGUCAUACAAGUUUCAGGUUAUCACCUCAUUUGUUCUCUCUUUUCCUAAAAACGGAGCUCCUAUUUAGUGCUCUUGAUGUAUUAAACUACGUAAUGUAACGUAAUAGUUUCAAAUCA